AUGAAAUGGUGUGAUUGGGAUUAGGAUAGGGAUAAUGCUAUCCCCACUACUACUACUACUACUACUUAUUCCAGUUGUUUGUUUGAGUUGUUCCUAAUCUUCUGCUCUUAUUCUGGUUCCGUUUUUUUCUAUCACUUCUCUGGAAAACGGGAAUAGCGCUUAUUCCGAUUUCUCAAAGAUGAUGACUUCCUGGAUUCCCGCCACGUGUCCUCUAUCCCUCGUCCCCGCCCCUCUCCGCAGAACUUCAAUUGCCGCUAUCCCGGCCGGGAAGGAGGCGGCGGCGGCCGUGGCGACGGAGUUUGACUUCAAGGGCUACAUGCUUAGCAAGGCGGCGGGGGUGAACCGCGCUCUCGACCUCGCUGUGCCCCUCGCUGAGCCCCGACGGAUCCAUGAGGCGAUGAGGUAUUCCCUCCUUGCCGGCGGUAAGCGUGUUCGCCCUGUUCUUUGCAUCGCUGCUUGUGAGCUUGCUGGUGGACAUGAGUCUGUUGCGAUGCCGCCUGCGCUUGCGGUUGAGAUGAUUCAUACGAUGUCUCUUAUCCAUGAUGAUCUCCCUUGCAUGGACGAUGAUGACCUCCGGCGUGGCCAGCCGACGUGCCACCGUGCCUUUGGUGAACCUGUUGCUGUGCUUGCUGGGGAUGCUCUGCUUGCCUUGGCUUUCCGUACUUUAUCGAACCCGCAAUCGUACCCUUCGAACCUCGUCGUCCCUCCGUCGCGUAUCGUCAACGCUGUUGCUGAGCUCGCCCGCUGCGUCGGCUCGGAAGGCCUUGUCGCUGGCCAGGUCGUGGACAUCGAGUCCACUGGCCUCGCUGAGCCCGUCCCCAUCGAUAGGCUUGAGUACAUCCACCUCCACAAGACGGCGGCCCUCCUGGAAGCCUCCGUUGUCAUCGGGGCCAUCGUCGGCGGCGGCUCCGACUCGCAGGUCGAGCGGCUGAGGAGGUACGCGCGGUGCAUCGGGCUGUUGUUCCAAGUGGUGGAUGAUAUACUGGAUGUGACCAAGUCGUCGCACGAAUUGGGGAAGACUGCGGGGAAGGACUUGGCGAGUGAUAAGACGACGUAUCCCAAGCUCAUGGGUUUGGAGAAGUCCAAGGAGUUCGCGGAGGAGUUGAACAGAGAUGCUAAACAGCAGUUGGAGGACUUUGAUCGGGAAAAGGCUGCACCUUUGGUGCAUUUGGCUAACUACAUUGCCUACCGGCAGAAGUAGGAGUGUUUGCCUUCUUGUUUAGAUGAUGAUUCUGUUGACUAUUCUGUACAUUCAAGGCCACGCAAUUAAUGGCUCAAUAAUUCCUAGGCUGAACAAUAUGAAUGGAUGACCAUGAUAUGGAAAUCCUUGGUCCGGGGCCCUGGAGAUAUGUGGAUUUGGAUUUUUUUUUUUUCCUCAAAUUAGGUUUUGAUCCUUUGAUGCAGAUUUUUAACAUUUAGGCUGAAGCUGGACUCUUUUAGUUGUUAUUGUGGCCAGUGAUGACAGUCAUUUGCAAUUGAAAUAUUGUUUUACUCAAAGCCUUUGUGUGCGCUUCAAUUAUCG